AUGAUGUAUCAAUGCUGUUUAAUUGUUCUAAUGAUAGCACACUGUGUAUCAUCAACGGGUCAAGCAGACCAAGAAUAUCAACUCACUCAUCCUUCAAAUACCGAUGACAUUCAAAACACCAGCCAGAUUGAAUCGCACUUAGGCAACACUGGCCGGAUAGAGAGCAAUUUUGCUGUCGAUGACUCUGGAAUUGCAUCGUUGAACGAGCAGGAUGUCUAUGACGAAAAUGAUACAUCAGAAAAUGACGAAAGCGACACGGACAACGAAAGGCCGGUGACAGUGGAAGAAAACAGGUACGAUGCGGAUGACAACAGCAAUGGCAUUAUUCACGACAACCCCGUACGGAUAAUGUCCCCAUUGAAUGGUGGCAUGCCUGCAUCUACAUCCGUACACGUUAGCAUUCAAACGGAAUUGAAUGACCUAGAAGCUGUCGAGGAUACAUUAGAAUCAGACGGUUCAAAACGUUUUCUGCAGCACCAUUAUCAAAACCCUAGGGAACCCCGGAAGCAACUGCAGCUCACAGAAGGCACAGUUGUUCAGCUACCUUCGUCGAUGUUGGGUCUGACCACUAACGCCGACAGUAGGGGCUCUUUUGCUACAACAGACCUAUCAGGACUCACCGUAUCAGCGGAAGAUGUGUCACAGGAGCAACACAUCACUAAUCUAUCUUUAUCAACCCAACGAACAAUACGAAGGCCAACGUCUAGUGUGCAAUUGGCGGUGAUGGUACAUAAUGUACAAGACGGCAGUAAGCCCAUGAGAAUGGAGGUAGCAACAUACACUCAUAACGACCCACCCAAAUCGAUACAGAAGCAUUCCUCAGCACAGCAAUCGAUAUCAGAUGCAUCAAGAAGAAAUAAUCCCAUCAGCAUUACAAAUUUUCACUCCAUCGUAUCCAACGAUACACUAACGACAGCUACAGCAUCAAGCCUGUAUCGCCAUCGAACAAUUAAUUCAAUGAAUCUUAAUCCUACUACUCCGGCAAUGGUGGUGAAACCUGUAGGCGAGCAUCGUAAGUUACUGAAAAGUACCGGCCCCAUCCUAAACUAUGUAUUCGACCAUCAUCCUCCUUACUACAAAUCAACUUAUUACAAUACUAGGUACGGGCCGCACUUUGAAACUGAUAAUGUCACCAACAUCACGGUACAGAACGGUGAUACCCUUUUUUUAAGUUGUAGAAUAAGUUUGCUGCAGGAUAAAACGGUAUCUUGGGUUCGACGAAAAAGCGGCGACACAGCUUUGCAGCUGCUAACCGUCGGAAAACAGACAUACUCCGGUGAUUCCCGAUACCAAAUCGAGUUCCAAUAUCCCAACAACUGGCGUUUGAAGAUUUCACGAGCGAACAAGAAUGACGAAGGGGUGUACGAGUGCCAGAUAUCGACACAUCCUCCCAAAGUUAUUAUUUACUACCUGUAUGUUAACGCACCCGAAGUGGCCAUCGUGGACGAAGAAGGUGCUCCACUAUACGAUAAGUACUAUGAGGUUGGCUCGACGAUAAAGCUGAUGUGCAAAAUCCGACACAUCUCGAUGUUACGGUCAGUCGUUUACUGGAUACACAACGAAAACAUUCUCAAUCACGAUACAACGCGAGGCGGUAUCAGUGUAAAAACGAAUUUAACAAGCAUAGGAGCCAAUUCAACGCUCUUUGUAGCGAAGGUCAAUCGGCAAGACUCCGGCAGCUAUACGUGUUCGAUAGGACCAAACCAACACUAUUCCAUCUCCGUGCAUGUGCUCAACGGCACCGCCAAUCCGUUCGGAAUCUAUCAGCGAUCGUGUGCCUUUCCAAUUAUUCUACAAGCUGUGGAUCUAUGGCUUGUUAUCAGGAGUCUCUUCUUCCUGGUGCUCAAACUAUCCGUCGGAAGAUAA